GGAAAUAAAAUCAAUUUGUGUCAAAUUUUGUGUCACCAUGAUUUUCUAAAAAUAAAUAAGUCUGACACAUGACCAAAUUUAUAAUGUGAAUUUGUAAUAAAUCCCCAACAUUAAGUAUGUAUGCAUAGUUAACGUGUACAUGACGGACAAAAAAGGGGUCCAACUCCUUCGUAUGCUAUCAUUUUUAUCAUUUUCGGUAACAUUACCAUAAUGAAAGUCUGUAAUAAGCCAAAUCCAAUGUCCGAUUAUCACGGUAAAAAAAGCUUCCCCCUCGGAUCUCAGAAUCCGUUGUGAUUUCAUAUUUUUGUUUUUUUUUAUCCCCUUAAUUCCCCUAUUACAUAUAUGAGUCGCACAGCAUUAUCUUAAUUCAAAAUGUUUAAAAUUUUUUCUUAUUUAAUUACGUUACGUUGAGCUUUCUAACGAUAAUUAAUUAACGUCAACCUAUAAUAUAAUUUAAUAAUUAACGAUUUAUAAUGUUUAAAAGAAAGUCAGCCGCUAUGAAUAUUCCUUCUCCAACACGGAGAGCAAAAUCUCCAAACGGAGGAAAUAAACGUAAUUCGAUAAAUUCUCCAAGAUUUUAUGAAAUUCUUGAUUAUGUUGCUAAUAGAAUGAAUGUUCCAGUACAAUUUGGCACAUUUAUGAAAAAACGCUUUAAUAAAGAUGAUAUAUCAGCACCUCAAGAUUUUGAACAUCUUAUUCAUGCUGAAAGUGGAGAACAAGCUGAAGAAGUUUUAAUUAACUGGGGUCAAAAUCCAGAUAAUCGUAAACAUUAUAAAACUCUUUCGAAAUUUGAUGGAACAUUAGUUCCUGAUAUUGAGACAAAUAAAAGUGGAACAGUUGUGAUUAAAAAGAAUGUUAAAACCGAAUUCCUUAAUAAUAAUAAUGAUAAUGAUCAAGAAAUAGUUCUUUCAUUAGCCACAAUUGAAAAAUCAGUUGCUGCGAAAGUUUAUUUUGAAAACUAUUUUUAUGGAAUACUAAAAAAACCAUCGGGAAGGUCCAAACGUCGUAUGCAAUUAGAGACAGAACUUGAGAAUAUGAAAAUUUCCGACCAAGAUAAAAGAGAAAUAAGACAAGAAUGGGUUAAUUUGGAAUCUGAUUAUAUGCGCUUAUUACGUAAAAAAAUUACGGUUAAUUCGUUUCAAAUGAUCAAAACUGUUGGUCAUGGAGCUUUCGGUGUCGUUAAAUUAGUUCGUGAUAUUUCAACCGGUGUUGUGUAUGCUAUGAAAAUUAUGAGAAAAGCCGAUAUGUUAAAGAAAGGUCAAGAAGGUCAUGUUAGAGCUGAAAGGGAUCUUUUAACUGCUGCCGCUGAAACUGCUCAAUGGAUUGUUAAAUUAAUUUACUCUUUUCAAGAUGCUGAUCAUUUAUAUUUAGUUUUGGAAUAUAUGCCUGGUGGUGACUUAUUAAAUCUUUUAAUUGAAAAAGAUAUAUUUGAAGAGGAAUUUGCCAAAUUUUAUAUUGCUGAAAUGGUCCUAUGCAUUGAAGAAGCUCAUAAAAUGGGCUAUAUUCAUCGAGAUAUUAAGCCUGAUAACUUCCUUUUCGAUGGUGAUGGACAUAUAAGACUUUCGGACUUUGGGCUAGCAACCGAUUUCCAUUGGGUACAUGAUUCACAAUAUUAUGAACAGCAAAGAAGAGAUCUUUUACGUAAAACUGGAGUUGAUAUUGAAACAGAUACCUUAUCAAAAGCAAUGUCUAAAAAAUAUAAAACAUCUAAGUGGAUGAAUCAAUGGUCUGAUGAAGAAGGAUCAGAUGAUGAUAUCCCUAAUACAAGAAUAUUAAGUUGGAGAGAUAAGCACCGAAAGAAGAUGGCAUUUUCUGUUGUUGGAACAAAUAAUUAUAUGGCCCCAGAAGUUUUAAGAGGAAUGGGUUAUGAUAAAGGUUGUGAUUGGUGGAGUUUAGGAAUUAUUAUUUUUGAAAUGUUGUACGGAUAUCCUCCAUUUUGCUCCAAAUCUCGUCAUACGACUCGUCUAAAGAUUAUUAAUUGGCGUCAAUAUCUUAAUUUCCCAGCACGUCCUCGUGUUUCACGUGAAGUUCAAGAUUUAAUUGAACGUCUUAUAUGUGAAAAAGAAGAUCGAAUAGGAUCAAAUCAAUCAUCUUCAACAACAAAACCAAAUGGACUUUAUAUGGCUGGCCGUAAAACAAAUCCAGGCCUUGGUGAUGCAUCAGAAAUUAAAUCACAUCCAUGGUUUAAGGGAAUUGAUUGGGAUAAUUUACAUAAGUCAACUCCACCAUUUAGACCACAAUUAAAAUCAGAUAUUGAUACAAGAUAUUUUGAAGAUGAUAUUGAUGAUAAUCCAUUAGCGCCACCUGGAGGUGUUGAAAGAAAACCGAAAGAUCCAAUGUUAAGAGAUAAACAUCAUGGUAAAGAUAUUCUAAAGAUGAGGAAAGAAUUAGCAUUUAAAGGUUACACUUAUAAGGGAUUGCCUUUGGAAAAUCAAAGAGGUGGUAUGGCUGAAAGAGUGAGAGAAAGAGGAGAAAUAAAUGAAGAAAGUCUGAGAAUUAGAUCUAUGAGUUUUUAAUAUAUAUUUUUUUUUUUUGGAAAGAUUUAAUGCUGAUUUAAUAACUUUUUUUGGAGGGAAGGUUCAUUGAAUUUUUAAAUGUUUCAUAUUGUAUAUAUAUAAUAACAUAAUAUAGCAUAAAUUAUUUAAUAUUAUAGAAUUAUUAUUUUUUAACCUU